AAAAAGAUUUAAUUAUUGUUCCAGUCCAUCGUCCCGCUGACAAUAGUUUACUAACUCCUCAUAUUCUAAGCCUAGCAGCCAAGGAAGCACUUAUACCCCCUAUAACCAAUGCAUUAAUUGAGGGCCGGCCCGUAAAACGACCACGCCUUGAUCAGGACCAGCCGUCUCAUGUCUCAGGUCACCUUCCACCUUGCCUUAAAGAUCUUUCGUCUUUGGUUUCCAAUGAUCAUCUCGAGGUCUCCCAGCAUCUCACUCAAAAGUCGCCUAGCAACCGGACAGUGGAGCCACCAGCGAGUCUCAACGAAGAGACUGCUACCUCGCUCCAUCUGGCCCGAGCAUCAAGCGGCAUUGACGAAUCAUUUGAUCGAUACGAAAACUCGGGAGGUUAUAAGAUGGCAGAACUAAAUAACCGGACGCCCUUCACUGCACGAAGCCCAGGUUCUGGAAAGCAUUCGCUUCGAGCGAAUACUCGCCACCAGAGACAUCGGCCCUCGUUCAAAGAAAUCAACAAGCAAGCGGAAACGGUCAAAGAUCUCCAACAAACAAAUGCGACUCAACUGCAUGUCGACUCAACAACGCCCAAACUCGACUAUACUUCUCCAGGAGGCGUUAGCUCGGUUUUCAGUGACGACGCUUUGACCCCAUGUUCGAUCUCCGAGUUCAGUUCAGGAGAGGAUCCUAAAGGUCAUCAAGAAGCGACCCACCUUGGGCGUCAUAUUCAAGGCAACUACACAAUCGGUGAUGGUGUUUACUCGCCGUAG